CGUCGGCGCGAUGACGCGUCCUCCCGUCGCGCCCGACGCGGAAGGCGACGACUCGUCGCACGAUGGAUCCGCGUCCGACGUCCCCGCCGCCUCCGAGUCCUGGGGCCGCGCCGAAGACGCCGCGCUCAUCGACGCCGCCGCGCUCGGGCAUCUCAUCGAAGUCCAGCGUAUACUCGCGAGCGGCGAAGCCGACGUCGACGCGCGAGACGAAGACCAAGGCGGAAGCACCGCGCUCGUGCUCGCGUCGCAAAACGGCCGCCCGAUGGUCGUCGACGCGCUCCUCGCCGCGGGCGCGGACGUCAACGCGUGCAACGCCGGCGGCGACACGCCUUUAAUCCUCGCGUCGCUGAACGGACACGGCGCCAUCGUCGACGCGCUCCUCCGCGCGGGCGCGAACGUUCACGCGACCGAUCAAUUCGGAAGCUGCGCGCUGUUCUACGCGUCCAGGCAAGGGCACUGCGGGCUGCUCGACGCGCUCAUCGACCGCGGCGCGGACGUGAACGGAAGCAGGGUCACCGCGCUGCUGAUCGCGAGUCGCUUCGGGCACGCGAGCGCGGUGAACAAGCUCCUGCUCGCGGGAGCCGACGUCAGCGCCGUGGACGACGACAAGAACACGGCGCUGCAUCGCACGGCGUUGGAGACGACGCCGGGCGCGGUGUACGGCGGCGGCACCGGCGAGGUCGUCGAGCUGCUCAUCAAGAACUGCGCGAGAAUGGACGUGGUGAACAACGACGGGCUGACGCCGAUGCAGCUCGCGCUGAAAGGACUGAACCGACCGAACGAGUGGCAGCGGCGACGGUGUCGCGAGGUGGUGGACGUGCUCGAGGCGGCGAAGAACAUGAGCUUGGGGUUGCGGCGUUGGAUCCACGCCGCCGGGUUGGAGUGCCAGUGGCGCGAGUUCGCGCGUCUGGGCGCCAAGUACAUGGACGACAUCCACAUGCUCGAGCGCGACGACGCGAAGCGGGAGAAGGGGUCGUCGCUCACGCCGAUCCAGGCGAACCGUCUCUUCCGAGCGGUGUCCAACUCGGUGAAUUUGAUUCAGAGCGAUUACGAGGGCGGCGCGGGGGUGUUGACGGGGGGCGGGGUGCGCGAGAAUCGCGGCGAGGGCGACCAGGGCGGCGAGGGCGGCGACGGCGCCGAGGGCGCCGAGGACGACGACGACGGCGAUUGGCUGAAGAUGGGGAAGAGGUUCGAGCAGUUCCUGCUCGACCACAAGCUCGAGGAUUACGCGGAUCACUUUUCGAUGCUCGGGUGCGCGUUCGAGAGGGAUCUGCUGGACAUCACCGACGCGCAGCUGUCGCUGAUGGUCGAGCGGCACGGCCUCAAAGUCCUCGACCGCCGGCGGUUCGCGAAAGCGCUCGUCGGGCUGCGCCGCCGGCUGCUCGACGGCGAGAGAAGCGACGGGCACAACAGCCCCGGGUGCAGCGCGGCGAACGGCGUGGAGGAGCGGCACCCGCACCCGCCAACGAAGCGGACGCCCGCGUCGUCCGAGGCGACGCCGGGGCCCGGACCGGUGGGGCCCGGCGGGCCGACGAAGUCGGGCGCGGCCAAGGCGGCGACGGCGGCGACGGAGCGCGGCGGAGGCGGAGACGGUCACGGAGACGGCCGGGGGAUGGUGGGGACGGAGAUGGGGCCGCCGAUGUCGAGGAGCCCCGCGCAGGUGGAUUAGGAGCCGCGCGCGAUCGAUCGCGCGGCGCGGUGCGAGACCUUUUCCGUGAAGAGACUCAUCGCGCACGUUCAGCUUUUCUCUGCU